AUCGUGGCGGUUUGUGGGGGGGGAGGGGGGAUAAAACUGAAAGUGAAGUGCUCGGGCCGCGGCGAAGCGAGAUUGAGUCGCUGGCUUCUUCCUAUGAGCGCCUGAGCUACCCCGACCUGAAUAUGUCGGAUAGUUUCGACCGAGCUCCAGGUGCUGGCCGGGGCCGAGGUCGCGCUGCUCUCAGCGGCGCGGACGCGUCGGAGAGCUGUGGUGGGGCCUGUCUUGGGGGUAGUGGUUCCCACAGUUCAGUCUCGGCCGAAAAGCAGCAUAAAACGGGUGGCCUCUUGCUGCAGCAGGAACCGUUGCGACCUCCGAAGACAGCGCCGCUGAGCACCGGAAACACAGAACAUCUGCAGCAGGCAAGAAUUCCAUCUGGAUCACAAGAAAAAGUUUCAGUUCCUGAUUCUGGACUGGAAAUGGCUGAAUCUCAGGUGGCUGUGGCUCCUGUGGUAACAUCAAAGUUGUCUGUUAAAGCACCUGAGUUUUAUCCAUCAGGAUAUAACCAGAACUUUGCAGAUUCUUCCUUUGAAGAUGAAUAUGAUGGCUAUCUGACUUUGGCAGAAUAUGUACAAGACUUUCUAAAUCACCUCGCCGAGCAACCAGGUUGUUUUGAAACUGAAAUAGAGCAUUUUGCUGAAACAGUGAAUGGCUGGGUCACUGCGGAUGAAACUUUGCAAGAACUUGUUGAACUCAUAUAUCAACAGGCCACAUCUGUCCCAAAUUUUUCUUACAUGGGAGCACGGUUGUGUAACUAUCUAUCUCACCAUCUAACCAUUAGUCCACAAAGUGGGAGCUUUCGGCAGUUGUUACUUCAAAGGUGCCAAACAGAGUAUGAAAAUAGAGAUGAAGCUGCCAAAGGAGAUGAAACUGCUCAAAAACAAUUUCAUGCUUUUGUGUUGUUCUUAGCUGAACUUUACCUUAACCUAGAGAUUAAAGGAACAAAGGGACAGGUCACACGAGCAGAAAUUCUUCAAGAAGGCCUUCGGGAAUUACUAAAUGUGCUGUUCUCUAACCCUGUGGAUAAUAAUUUGAUGUGUGCAGUGAAACUGUUGAAGUUGGCAGGCUCAGUUUUAGAAGAUGCCUGGAAAGAAAAAGGAAAGAAUGAUAUGGAGGAAAUGAUUCAGAUAAUUGAAAAUGUUGUGUUGGAUGCAAACUGUAGCAGAGAUGUGAAACAUAUGCUUCUGAAAGUAGUGGAACUACGAUCAAGUAACUGGGGUAGAGUUCAUGAAAGUUCUCCACAUACAAAAGCUACUCCUGAAAAUGACCCUAACUAUUUUAUGAAUGAACCAACAUUUUACACUUCUGAUGGCAUUCCUUUCACUGCAGCAGAUCCAGAUUACCAAGAAAAAUACCAAGAACUGCUUGAAAGAGAGGAUUUGUUUCCAGAUUAUGAAGAAAAUGGCGUGGCUUUAUCAGGACCUGGAGAUCAGUAUUUUCAUGACCUUGAUAACAAGAUGGAUCCAGAAAUUGAAGAAGCAUAUGAAAAAUUCUGUCUAGAAUCAGAACAUAAGAGAAAACAGUGAGAUGUUACACAAUAACGUUAGUUUAAUAAACCAGACUAGGUCUGGUUAGAGUACAGGGAGGCAAAAAAACAUUUGUACCAAAAUAAGGAAGUUCACUUUCUCCAAGUACUCGAGUUAUUCAAUUUCCGUUUGGUUAAACAGAAUUUGCCAAAAGUUGUAAACUCUGUAACUUAGUGUUGUGUAUAUAUCACAAUUCAUUUUAUGAACAGGUAUAUGAACAGUGUUUGGCUGCAAUAAAAUUGAUUUUAAAAGUAUCAUAAUGGAAAUGAAAAUUUAAUGGAGAGCUGUCCCAUAGGAUUACCCUUGCAGGGGAAAAAGAGGAAGAAUAAAUCAAUUUCAGUUUAAUUGCUUGCUUGGUUUAGUAUACACUAGGACAUAUCCUUUUUACCAUAUACAAGAUCUGGUAUUUAUUUUUUUUUCCUGACUAAAGAGCACAUGAUCAAUGACUUUUUUGGGUUUUUUUCUAUAGAUCACAAUCAUGAAAUCACGAUAAGUGGUUUGUGAAGGUUUAUUUUUGUGGGGAGUUUUGGUUUUCUUUUUCCUUUUCCUUCCUCUUCCAAAACACGUAUAUGUGAGGCCUGAACUCUUUCCUAGAAUAAACGUUACAUGUUGAUAUGUGAAAAACCAGGCAGUGUUUUGGAAGUCAGGUUCUUUCAAGACCUUUGGUUCAGGUAAGCUUAUUUUCAACUUUUACAAACAAAAACUAUCCUGUAAUUUGCUGUGUUCUUCAAGAUUACAUGAAUAUAUUUAUGUUUUAACCCGUGCUUCUCCAGGAGUAUGUGCAGUGCUUGAUAUAUUUUUUGAAACUAUCUAGCAUGUCCAAUCUCUCAGCAAUCCUUGUCACUUUCUCCAUUAUUCUAAUUAUUUUAUAUAGUUUAAUUUGGUAUUUUGAGUAAACUGAUAUUUCAUAAAUGUUGACAUUUGAAGUCAACUGCUAGUUUUUUGAACACUAAUCGUGUUAGUCUUCCUAGGAUAUAUCAUUGUAGUUGUUGCCAAAUUCAGCUCUAUUUCUUUCUAUUACCUGUUACUGGUUUGACUGAGUAGAACCCCUUAUCAAAAGCAAAUGGGAAAUAUUUCCCAAAAGGCUAUUGUAAAGAACAUGUGUUAUAAAUAUGCAUGUAAAUAAUUUUUACUCAUUUGUUGAAAUUACUUGUGUAUCUGCUAAUACAAUGAGUAUUGACUGUUCUCUGGGUGUUUAACAUACUCAUUUAAGUUGAAGUUUUAAGAAAAAAAAUUAACCAGCUUUAUUUCCUUUCAUAUAGCUUUCACUAUCUUGUGUUUUUGCUUUAAAAAAAUAUAUAUUAUUUUUUGUAUUAAAAUAUGCAUUUGUUCUGCUUGCAGAGAGGAGGAGUUCAGAACCAUGUGGGCAUGGCUAGGUUGCUAUUCUAUAUCACCUACAUCAUUGCUGGGGAGCGUAGCUUUGGGGGGAAGAAAAGGUGAACACACCCCUGGAAAUGGCACCGUUUAUCUCCCUCUCUUCAUUGGAGGGGGUUUCAGGGAUCAACCCUGUGCACCUUGUCCUCUGCCACAGCUGCUGCCCAUUCUCUUUCCAUGCCUCUGAGGCACAGCUCCAGAAUGCAGUUCUGAAAAUAAGCAAAUGUGGCUCUGAGGCGUAACUGAAAAGCAACAACAGCCACAGAAUGGAGCCCAGUGGAGCAGUCCGAAGCAGUGGUGAAACAGAGUGGAGCCAAUCCCAUUGUAGCAGUCUGAAGCGGCAGCAUGUUGCAGUGCGGAUGAUCUAGCUUUUAGGGGUUUUUCCUAUAAUUGUUUUUCAUUACCUCAAGCUCAGGGACUGGGAGAGCCAAGUGCAGGGAGUGCCUGCCAUCUUGUCUUUGUCCCAGGGAGCCACAUGGACACGACUGAUACCUGUGACUUACAGGGAGCAUUUGCUUUCUUGUCUUUGUCCCAGUGGCCACAUGGAACUAAGUUGAGGCGAUGAACACAUUUUGUGUGUAAAGCACCUUUUUUUUUUUUUUUUCACAUGCUUUUGUUAUUAAUAUUUCUGCUGUCACUGUGGAUUUCUUAUUCCAUCGCUGUUUGCUUUCAGUAAAUUAUCUC